AUGCGAACCAUCAAAAGGAAUAACUACACCGCCAAUGGGACGUCUAUUGGCCCAGAACGACUAUUAUUUGAAUAUAUAGCGCUGCCAGACAAUCAUUUGGUCAUUGUAGAAGACCCUACUGCCCCGAUGAGAGCGGACCAUCUUGCGGAUUAUUCCAGUAUCACCACUAGAAAUGCAGCAAAAAAGGCGACGGGGGCUUCAGACAGCGAAUUGGAACGAGAGCCACCCACCCCGGCACAUUAUCGACAUACAUUGAUCAGCUUCAAAUUGCACCUAAUGCCAACUCUAUUAGAUCAACUGGGCGGCGCGUGGAGCACUCAAGUGGCCAAAUCGACGGUGGCCCCAUUGAUGGGGAAACCAUCCGGAGGAAUCACUCAUAGGCUUAGAAUUGAAGGAGUGGUCUGGUCUGUUGGGAGCGACUGGAUC